CCACUUUACUUUUCAUCUAUCUAUCUUAAUCCCGUACCAAUCUCUUUUAAUGAAAUAUUAAAAGAAAAAAAAAAACGUAUGCACUACCUUAAAACUUCCGGUGCUUUCUUCCCUAUUCCUCUCAAAAUUUUGUUCAUCUUUCUCAUAUGCAUUGUGUUAGCUUCUUACAACCAAUUUUAUUCGAAUAUUGGGUUAUCGAUAUCUUCACGCCUCUCGAACUCUUUCUCACAUCGGUGUUCUCUCUCUCAUUGAGCUUUCUCUUUCUCUAUCACCUCCAUCUUCAAUUUUUCCAUCGAAGUAACGAUAAAAGGUAUACAUCUCCAAGAGAUUGGCAUUUCAAAUGUAGAGAUCAACCUUCACGAAGAGCUCUCCAGGCCAGUCCAUUAUUGGAGGAUGGUUAUGCCGCUUUUUUAUUCAGUAAAGCGGACUGCGGUUGGCAUGUUAGGGACCGAGAAAAUUGGAGUCUCAAUGAUCGAGGUACCUCCAGAAUACUUGUUCAACCUCUAGAGAGGGCCUUUAUGAAGGGUUGGACUGUCUCUCCAACAACAUUGCUAACAUGAUCGCUGUCAGCAACGAAAAUUACGCUCGAUCAGAGCUGCAUGAUGAGGAUCCACGCAACACAUGCAUUGUGGGUGUCAGUCACGAUGGGUGAUGCAUCGCCUUCUGAUUCGCUUAGGUGUACAAUGUGACAAAAUUCGUUUGAUCAAUGGCUUUAGGUGGGAAAAGUCCAUAGCCGAUGGAUCUUGAUAAGCGUCAGCCUAUGAAGGCCCGCCUAACACAAAAACUAGAAAUGGAGUCUUGGAGAUAAUAAAUGGUGUGCUCGCUCACGGAGUUCGAUUUUUAGUGUGCAUAGCCAAUAAAAAAACUCGCGAUGGAAUCUACAUCACCUGACCUGUGCCGGCGUAUACUUUGAAAUAGACCUCCAUAUUGCUAUCUGUCGAUGUGACAGACUUAAAGCCGUUGAGCUAUAUGCUCCAGUGUUUGACAAAGUGCCAUUCUAGUUACACCCAACCACUCACUUUUUUCAAAAUAGUAUCUAGACUAUAUCUUCUCUGUUUUAAGGAGUUUAAAGUCUUGAUUUCCGUCACCAUUCUUGUAAUGAAGUGUGGCAUCACUACCAGAAUGCAUCCACGGGAAAAUGUUAAUAAAAUCUUGAUAAAAAAAAACUAAAAAAAACUCUCAAAUUGCUUAUUUUUUGCA